AGUACCGUGGGAACUUUGUGCUAUGGAAGCACUUCGAGAUGCUUUGCUGACUCAGGGAGAAGCUUCAUCGCUCCAUUCCUGAGUCGUGCGAUCUUGCUGGAAUGCUAGGUAGCACUACAUCAUCCUUGCUCGUUUGAACUGUGUUCGCGGUAACAAUUGGACAAGCAACAGUCGAGACACCUCCCCUCCUGCUGCAUACCAUGGCCGCACCAGAAGUGCAUCAUCUCUUCCACGCUCCCAUCUCCGACCACUCCUUCUCCGACGACCGCUCUACCCUCGCAGUGGCCCGUGACAACAACGUGGAGCUUUACCACCGAUCCGGGAAAACGUUCAAUCUCCAAGACGAGCUUCGAGGCCACGACAAGCUCGUCACGGGCGUGGACAUCGCCCCGCAAUCCGGCCGCAUUGUGACAUGCUCGCAGGACCGCAAUGCCUACGUCUGGGAACCCAGCGAGUCUGGCGAGUGGAAGCCAACCCUGGUGCUUCUGCGCAUCAACCGCGCGGCGACAUGUGUCCGGUGGUGUCCCGGUGAGACCAAAUUCGCAGUGGGCAGUGGUGCUAGGAUCAUCGCAGUCUGCUACUUCGAGCAGGAGAACGAUUGGUGGGUGUCGAAGCACCUCAAGAAGCCACUUCGCUCGACCGUGACUAGUGUGGCGUGGCACCCAAACUCGGUGCUGCUGGCAGCAGGUAGCACAGAUGGCCACGCGCGCGUCUUCAGCUCCUUCAUCAAGGGCACAGAUGAGCGACCCGAAGCUAGCCCGUGGGGAGAGAGGCUGCCGUUCAAUACCGUUUGUGGCGAGUAUCUGAAUCCCACGGCUGGCUGGGUCCACGAUGUCGCCUUCGCCCCGUCCGGCAACGCUCUUGCCUUUUGCUCGCACGACAGUAAUGUCACGAUCGUGUACCCUUCAGGGCCCGAACAGCCUCCACAGGCAGUCAUCUCCAUCUCUACGCAGCAGCUACCUUUUACGUCUCUCCUCUGGUCGUCUGAGACGGAGCUGAUCUGUGCCGGCUACGAUUGCUCCGUCUACCGGUUAAUGGGCGAUGCGAAUGGCUGGCAGAUAACUGGCUCGUUGGAGAAGGACAACGGCCGCCCAGGACUCGAGCAGCGCGAGGAGAGCGCGCUAAACAUGUUCCGCAGCAUGGACCUUCGGGGCAGAGCAAGCAGUGCGGACGAUACCAAGCUCAAGACCGUGCAUCAAAAUAGCAUCAACACAGCCCGUAUCUACCAGGAGAGCGGUGGGAAUGUGCAGAAGGUUAGUACCGGUGGUGUGGACGGUAGGGUCGUUGUUUGGACUUUGUAAAAACUAGCACCCCUGUCAUACGGCUGUC